AGCGUGUUCCGUUGGAGUAGCAAGGUCGUACGAGUGACUGACGCACAUUACCAUUACACACAAGAGAUAUUUAUUUAGCACUUAUAUUUAGCUAUAUUUCUAUUGUGAUAAAAACAAUAAUAUUUUUUACUUUGUUGUUAUUAAUGACUAGUGAAAUUUGAUUAAUCCUAGUUAAUUUAUUUUUUUAAUUAAAUUUAGUAUUGUUAAAUAGAUAAUAAACGCGGGUAAAGGUUAAGAUGAUCAAAUUAUUUUCAUUGAAACAAGCUAAGAAAGAUGGCGAAUCACCAAAACCAGGUAGCCAAAAGAAAGCAUCGGCUGCGCAAUUGAGGAUCACGAAAGAUAUUAAUGAGUUAAAUUUGCCGAAGACAUGUGGCACUGAAUUUCCUGAUCCUGAUGAUUUAUUAACUUUCAAAUUAAUUAUUUGCCCCGAUGAGGGCUUUUAUCGGGGCGGUAAAUUCACAUUCAGUUUUAAAGUCGGCCCCAAUUACCCACAUGAGCCACCUAAAGUCAAGUGUGAAACGCAAGUUUAUCAUCCAAACAUUGAUCUCGAAGGAAAUGUUUGUUUAAAUAUUUUGAGAGAAGAUUGGAAACCUGUGCUCACCAUCAACUCGAUUGUCUAUGGCUUACAAUAUCUAUUUUUGGAACCGAAUCCAGAAGAUCCUUUAAAUAAAGACGCGGCUGAAGUUUUACAAACAAACCGACGGGCCUUUGAACAAAAUGUAACGAAAGCCAUGAGAGGUGGGUACGUGGGAUCAUUUUAUUUUGAGCGGUGUCUCAAGUGAUACAUUUUUAUUCCAAGUUUAUGAAGAUAUAUGUUACACGCAAUCUCACUGAAAGUUGCUACUAGAAAAUAAAACUGUGGAUUAAUAAUAAUCGGACGUACAUGAAACAUUUAUUUGUUACUUGCGCGUCCGUAAAUAAGAACAAUUAUCAUAAUUAAUUGAAUAAAAAAUUAAUCACGUUUGUAAAAUAAAUCUGCGAUUCUUUAUAACAUUUUAGUUCAAUACUCUAGACUGCUUCUGUCAAAAUACAAGUAAUUUUUACUUAUAAAUAUCUAUACAAUAUUUAAUUAAUUAUACAUAAUUUUAUUAUUUAAAAUAAGUGAGUUGUGGCUAGCCAAAUUUUUCAAUGUCGUCGUAAUACCAUCUAAGACAUCGUUUAAUUGCUGGGACAAUUUUAAUUAAAUUAACAUUAAUAAUAAUAAUUAAUUUUAAGCACA